AUGAAGUUCACAACUCCGCAGCCAAUAAAGCAACCCCUGGAGCAAAGGGACAAAAGCAAGCAUUGCGCUUAUCAUCGAGAUUAUGGGUAUUCAACCAAUGAUUGCAGAUCCCUUAGGCUACAGGUGGAGAAUAUGAUCGCCAGAGGUGAGUUGGCGGAUUACCUCAUGAAAAAGGAGUAUGCAAAGCCCCGCGAGGUCUAUCCCUACAAGGUGGAAGGUACGCAAGUAAAAUUCAUUCAUACAAUACAUGGCAGGUCUGAAGAUGAUCAAGAGUCCGAGGGGGUAUACAGAUUCAGAUUGAGGGCAGCCCACAAGCUCAGGAAGAUAUCCUCAGUCAAUGCUAUCGCUUCGGGUAGCAUCAAUAUUGGAUUCGGAUAUGGCAACCUAUCCAGAGUUCAACUCCCCCACGAGGAUCCAUUGGUCAUUAGUCUUUUAGUGGCCAAUUGUAUGAUCAAGAGGGUUUUGAUAGAUCUAGGAAGUAGCGCCAACAUUAUCACAAAGAUGGUCUUUGAGCAGCUAGAGAUCCCGUCAUCAUCAAUUCGACCUACCUCUCGUUGA